UUUAACUGUUUUUAAUCUGUGUUGUAUUGCAGGGUCCUGUGUUGUGGUGCGGUGGUUGGUGAGUCUCAAACUUGUGCAUCCCUCAUGAAUGAACUCAUCUGCUCGUGUGCUUUAUGAGGAUUAAGAAAUUGCACGGAGGCCCCCUCCCCAUCUCACACCGUCUAAUUUUUUUAAUGCAUUUUUCUAAACUGUCAUGGCGUUUUUGUGUCCUUGGAAAUAAAUGCAGAGAGAAAGCCCAGUGUUCGGCAACUGAUGCUCUGACCGAUGCAGUGAAGGUGAAGAGAAAUAUGAAAAUACAAAAGAAGAACAAACAGAUGUCCACCACCCACUUACAAAAGUACACUCCAGCUACAGCAGCCUCUAAUGCAACUGCCCAAAAUGCACAAACUCCAUUUCCCAGGGGUACCCUGGGCUCUAAGGACCAGAUCAGGGACCUUGGUGGUGGUCAGACCAAUCACUGCAUGGCCAAUUCCAAGCACCCCAGGAUGGGCGAGGCGAGCACUAGCUCGGUCAGCCCCUGCGCCCCCUCGUCACCCCUCAACAGCGAGGAGGAUGAUGGAGGGGGCGGGCGGUGGGCGAAGAAGAAGAAACAAAAGAAAAAAGACAAGUGGGGCGAGCCUGGCAGUGCCUGGCAGCACAAGGGCUUGGAGAGAGACAUGAAACCAAAUAAAAAGAGGGAGCAGAAAGAAGGGAAGGAGCUGCUGCGCAAUUUCAAGGAGCCCAGGAAGGUGAAGGCACCAAAAGAGGGGAAGAGAGGGAGAAAACCCAAGGUGCAGGCCCUGCCCCAUCCUUCAGAAUGCAAGAGCGCCCCCUCUCCUCCCAGACAGAGGGGCCGCAAACCCAGAGAGCAAGUCUUCCAAGGGCCGGUCCCAGCGGAGAAGAAGAAAAAGGGCAAGCGGAAAAGCGAGGCAGUUGUCCAGGAGGCUGGGGAGAGAGAUGAUGUGGCCUUCCUGUCCACGCUGGCCAUCAGGGGAGAGGAGAGCAUUGAUCCCCUCGACAACACGAAGCGUCGCUCGGGGCGACAGGUGAAGCGCAGGAAGUACAAUGAGGACCUGGACUUCAAGGUGGUGGAUGACGAUGGGGAGACUAUUGCCGUGCUGGGGACGGGCCGUAUCCCUGCCCUCAACGCUGCCACUCUCACUUGGCAGGCUGAGAUGACUAAGAUUGCGCCACCUAUGGCGGAGAUGACUAAGAUGUCUGACAACCCUGCACCAGGCCUACCUGCCGACUUGGGCAAAGUACACAUCAUGAUGGUCUCAGAACUCAAAGGGACAAUAGACACUGUUUGGGUCCUGAUAUCAGCUCUACUCUAG